CACCUAUAGUACGCAGAGAACUCCUUUCAUACUGCUGGAUAUCACAGCUCUGAAAAAGCAGCAUUUGGCAAUCAAUGGCGCAGUACGGAUGCUAAAUAUGGUCUUCAGUUUGCAACUUGUUUCUACGAUACUUAUGGCUUUCGCUCGUAUCACCUUCAAUAUAUACUUUUAUUUCAUAGUGAUAAUACAAAAUAGUGUGUCCAUGACCGAUCUACAAAGACAUUCGCUUUACAUGAACUUCAUUAUAUUUAUAACGUAUUACAUUAUUAAAUUAGGAAUGAUACUAUGGGCUUGCGAAACUAGCAAGAAUCAAGCAUUGGAGAUCAAAAGCACAGUUCGCGACGUAUUCAACCACACCAACAAUGAGCAAAUAAAAUACGAGUUGGAACUCUUUUCCUUGCAAGUAUUACAUUGUGAAAAUGUAUUUUCCGCAAAGUGGAUUAUUAUAGAUGCUGCACUCUUUAAAUCGUUAAUAGGUAACAUUACCACAUAUCUACUAAUCUUAGUCCAACUCCUGUACAUGUCAAAGUCUUGCGUUGAAAAUCUGUCUAGUUAAUAAAU